CGGGAGUUCUCGGGAGUAAUGUAAUGCCGAAGGUCGCUGCCUAGUGGAAAUAAUAUAGUACGUCAUUAAUAUGGCGCCAAAAGAUUGGGCUGUGGAUCUGUAGCGCGGAGGGAGGAGGCGGCCGCCCGCGCCGCGGCACUAUCCCACCAGCAACUUGGGCAUCGCCGGGCGGGGGCCGGCGACGAGGCCAGGAUGGCCGCGGAGCCCGAGAAUUGAUCGGUGUUGAAUCAGCUGCCUGCUGUCUCCCGGGGAGAUCAUGAAACGAGGUCGCCUUCCCAGCAGCAGUGAGGAUUCUGACGACAAUGGCAGCUUGUCAACAACGUGGUCCCAGCAUUCCCGAUCCCAGCACGGGAGGAGUGCCUGCUCUAGGCAUGAAGAUCGAAAACCUUCUGAGGUGUUUAGAACUGACCUGAUCACUGCCAUGAAGUUGCAUGACUCCUAUCAACUGAACCCUGAUGAGUACUACGUGCUGGCAGAUCCCUGGAGACAGGAAUGGGAGAAAGGAGUCCAGGUGCCCGUGAGCCCAGGGUCCAUCCCGCAGCCUGUGGCCAGGGUUGUGUCUGAAGAGAAGUCUCUCAUGUUCAUCAGGCCCAAGAAGUACAUCGCAUCAUCUGGCUCUGAGCCUCCAGAGUUGGGCUACGUUGAUAUCCGGACGCUGGCGGAUAGUGUAUGUCGCUAUGACCUCAACGAUAUGGAUGCUGCGUGGCUGGAACUAACCAAUGAAGAAUUUAAGGAGAUGGGGAUGCCUGAGCUAGAUGAGUAUACCAUGGAAAGGGUCUUGGAGGAAUUUGAACAACGAUGCUAUGAUAAUAUGAAUCAUGCCAUAGAGACAGAAGAGGGCUUGGGGAUUGAAUACGAUGAAGAUGUUGUCUGUGAUGUCUGCCAGUCACCUGAUGGCGAGGAUGGCAACGAGAUGGUAUUCUGUGACAAGUGUAACAUCUGUGUGCAUCAGGCUUGCUAUGGAAUCCUCAAGGUGCCAGAGGGCAGUUGGCUAUGCCGGACAUGUGCCCUGGGGGUUCAGCCAAAAUGUUUGCUAUGUCCCAAGAAAGGUGGAGCUAUGAAGCCCACUCGCAGCGGAACCAAGUGGGUCCAUGUCAGCUGUGCCCUGUGGAUCCCUGAGGUAAGCAUUGGCAGCCCUGAGAAGAUGGAGCCCAUCACGAAGGUGUCUCACAUCCCCAGCAGUCGGUGGGCACUCGUGUGCAGCCUCUGCAAUGAGAAGUUUGGGGCUUCCAUACAGUGCUCUGUGAAGAACUGCCGGACAGCCUUCCACGUGACCUGUGCUUUUGACCGUGGCCUAGAGAUGAAGACCAUUUUGGCAGAGAACGAUGAGGUCAAGUUCAAGUCCUACUGCCCGAAGCACAGCUCACACAGGAAACCUGAGGAGAGCCUGGGUGAGGGGUCUGCGCAGGAGAACGGGGCCCCCGAGUGUUCUCCUGGGAGCCCUCUGGAGCCCUUUGCCAGUUUGGAGCAGAAUAGAGAAGAGGCCCACCGGGUGAGUGUUCGCAAGCAGAAACUACAGCAGCUGGAGGAUGAGUUCUACACCUUCGUUAACCUGCUGGAUGUGGCCAGGGCCCUGCGACUGCCAGAGGAAGUAGUGGAUUUCCUGUACCAGUACUGGAAGUUGAAGAGGAAGGUCAACUUCAAUAAGCCCCUCAUCACCCCAAAGAAAGAUGAAGAGGACAAUCUAGCCAAGCGGGAGCAGGAUGUCUUGUUUAGGAGGCUGCAGCUGUUCACGCACCUGCGGCAGGACCUGGAGAGGGUUCGGAACCUCACUUACAUGGUGACCCGCAGGGAAAAGAUUAAACGAUCUGUGUGCAAAGUCCAGGAACAGAUUUUCAGUCUUUACACUAAGCUCUUGGAGCAAGAAAGAGUUUCAGGUGUGCCUUCUUCCUGCUCCUCCUCACUGGAGAACAUGCUUUUGUUCAAUAGUCCUUCUGUGGGUCCCAAUGCUCCCAAGAUAGAGGACUUGAAGUGGCAUUCUGCAUUCUUCAGGAAACAAAUGGGUAGUACUUCCUUGGUUCAUUCGAUGAAAAAGUCCCAUAAGCGAGAUCCAUUGCAGAAUAGUCCUGGGAGUGAGGGGAAGACCUUGCUCAAGCAGCCAGCUCUGUGUGGUAGAAGGAGGGGGCUGGGGGUCCCAGAAAGAUUUCUGAACUUUGAAAAGAGUUUUACAGAAGCACGUCUCAUAUCAUCAGCACAACAGAAAAACGGUGUGGUGACACCAGACCAUGGGAAAAGAAGAGACAAUCGUUUUCAUUGUGAUCUCAUUAAAGGAGACUUAAAGGACAAAUCUUUUAAACAGAGUCACAAGCCUCUCAGGUCCACAGACUCAUCCCAGAGGCAUCUGGACAACACAAGAGCUGCCACCUCCCCUGGAAUAGGGCAGUCAGCACCUGGCAUGAGGAAGGAGAUUGUGCCCAAGUGCAAUGGCUCCCUAGUCAAAGUGCCUACAACACCUACCAGCCCAGUGAAAAGCUGGGGAGGAUUUCGGAUUCCAAAGAAGGGGGAACGACAGCAGCAAGGAGAAGCCCUUGAGGGGGCCUGCCACCAGCAAUCAGACUGCCCCCACCUGGGUUUAGGCCGAGUUCCAGGCAAGGAAAGGGCAAAGAACAGGUUAAGAUCUGACAGUGAGAACGAUGGGUAUGCCCCCGAUGUGGAAAUGAGUGACUCGGAGAGUGAGGCAUCAGAGAAGAAAUGUAUCCAUGCCAGCAGCACCAUCAGCAGGAGGACAGACAUCAUCAGGAGAAGCAUAUUGGCCUCUUGAUGAAGCAGACUGUGUGGAAAGCACGUGGCUUGUUGCUGGCCAUGCUGAGGAGAGCUCUGGCAUGGGGGCAAGCAAAAACCCAUUAUUUCUGAGCUACACAAACAUUUUUCCUUGCAAUUCAGAUUGAAUUUCUUUCCAGAGUCAUUUAUAAAUCAUUGUUGUGAGGUUUGUGUUAUUUGCAACUUGUUGAGGAAACAGAAGGGUAGAUUGUAACCACAAGACACUAAGAUUAGAACCUGAAAUAAACUCUAAAAAUGAAGUAACUUAGAGAGGGCCAGGCUUGAAAGGCACCUUGCAUUACUGCCCUCCACGUUUUUUUUUUUUCCAAAGCACAAACUCUUGGAUACCCCGAGUACAGAAUCAGAUAGAAUUCUGUGUUAUGAAUAAAUCCUAUUUAUAGAAGCCUUCAUGUACUAUUUAUAGCCCACAAAGCUCAUUUUCUAGGAAUGGUAAAAGCUGACAUUAUUUUGGCUCCCAGGCUGUGGGUGUGAGUAGCCGGGACUCAGAAACUUCAGCUACACUGGGAUCUUGCACACGUGGCAUCCAGGGGAAGAGUUUACACAACAGGCAUUGAUGGAAGGCUGGAGGGGCAGAGCAAAGCUGCUGAAUUGAGAUUUAGGGCCUGUGUAGCCUGUCCUGAGCCCCUGAGUGGGCUGUGGAUAUAGAGUGGGUGGAGAAAGUUCUGUGAGAAAGGGUGGCCAAGACCCAACCAAGUGUUACUAGUCCUCUUGACCUUCCUCUUUCCUCACUGCUGGUCCUAUUCCUUGAACCCAAUUCGGAUUUCCCUGGCUACUGCCAGUAGUUGACCACCUGGCUUCCAAUAACACAAUGACUAUUCAAGUUCAAGUGAUGAACUUCAGACUCUGGUGAUUUUCACUCCCCAGAGUUGACCACUAGUGCAUAUUGGGGGAAUCCAGGCUUCCACCAUGAAUGGAUUCCUUAAGCAAAAAGGAAAAAAAAAAAAAAAAAAAAAAAAAAAAGGAAAAAAAAAGAAAAAAGGUAAAACAGGUUAUAUUUUUAAAACAAUAGAAAGGCAAUAUGUUGCGUCAAGCUCUUAUAUUGACCAAGACUAUAUAGGAAAGAAGUCAGUGUACCCUUGAAUAGGUUUUCUGGAGUUGGAGUUCUAAACUCUGAUUUGUAACUUGGACUUUUGAAUUGCAAAUGGCAAUAACUAGUAAAUUAUCAGCAAUAAUAAAUUUAGCAUUAAAUUUGAGUAUAAUGUUCUGUUUUUUGCACUCAUGUGGUGCGUAUGUAUUCAGACAAGUGGAUAGUGUUAAAGUCCUGUUAUUUUCUUUGGCAUUCAGUGUAGUUGUGAAUCAAAUUUAAGAGAAGGAAAUAGCAAUGAGAUUUAGAAUUAAGGGCAUUUGGAAUAAGCCCCAUUUCCUCUUAAUUACCCUUAGUUUGUUAAUAUCAAUGUUCAGAUUCCUGAUUCAUUUAUACAUCUGUUUCCAUGUGGCAGGGACAUUCUGAUAUUUAAUGAACAAUGCUUUGAGUUUGUAGAAGCUUUCAAGUCUUCCAGAUGAUCGUAAACAACAGAAAAGGCUUAUUGAAUUCCAUCUUGCUAUGCAAGUUUUAUCAGAUGAUCAAAUGACAGAUCUGAUGCAUCCCAUUGUAUGUGUAUUUUCAAACCAAGUCUUAACUUCUCAAGUACAUUGUAGUAGCUAAUUCAGGGGAGGGGAAAGGAUGACCCAGGUUUUAGAUUGACUAUUUUUGAGCUGUGGAGCUCCUUUUGAGACUGCUGUCCAGAUCAGCUUAUUGCUACCGGUAUUUGAAGGUUCUUAGGAGUCCAAGUUGUCCUUUCACUUGUAGACUAAUUUAAAAAUUAGAUGUUUUGCAUAUGAGCAAAAACCUUUUGCUGGAUCCAGGGAAAGGUUGGACUCUAUCUAUUUAUCUUUGGAUUGCAGCAACAGUUCUGGGUGAGAAUAGAAUUUAUAGAGGAAUAAUUUGUGAAGCCAUAGAAAGAAAACCUAAAUUAAUCUAGUGAGUAUAUAGCCUCCUACCAGUUUAAGAGGCACCAGAUCCAUUUGCACUAUUAGGAAUGCUAGUUUUGUGCAAAAAUAAUGCCUUACCUAUUUUCCCCCCACAUUUAGGUUGAAAAGCUUUCAAGUGUUCCAAGUUUGCUGAACCAAAAAACAAAACAAAAUAAAAAAAUAAAAAAAAUUCCCCUACAAAAACAAAACAAAAAAAUACAAGCCCACUUUUUAUUACUGCUUUGAAGUUCAAAUGGUAUAGAGCACGGUUUCUGACGGUGUAACUACAGCUUUGUAAGUUAGUUUCAUGUCAUGCUGGGAACUCUGUAUGAGGCGGCCAUAUGCAGCAACAGCCCACCUACCCACUUGCAUUCUAUUAGUAUGGAGCUUUUUUGUUUGUUUGUUCUUUUGGAUUUUCCUUGUGCAUCCUGACCAAGAAAUAACUUUGAUUAUGAUCAAUGUAUUUAUGUCAAAAUGUAGGCUAGUUAAACUUUUGUAAAGUUGCCUGGAAUGUCAUUUGUUAGGUUAUAAACACAAAAUUUAAAUGAAGGGUUUUAUGUGUUGUGUACAAAUAUUAAUUAUUUUAAAAUGGACAAACUUGUCAUUACAUUUGUAACCUUGUACAGAGGAUUUUUCACUAUGUGCCUAGCUUGGUGUCCAUUCAGCUAAAAUUGAAAAAAAAAAAAAAGGUGCAUGAAGAGUUAAAAUCAGAAGUUAAACAAAGUAUAUGUAGAGAUGACUAUUUUAUAUUACAUGGCCCAAUCCUGUAUUUAUUUCUACCCCCUUUUUGAAAGUAUUUAUAAAACUAGUUGAAGACAACUGUAUUUUUUUGUUGAACUAUUUAGUAGAAUUUGUGCCUUUUUGUCUGUAUGUGAAUAAAUGCUGUACAUUUUGCAAUACA